GCAAAAAUAAGAGCAUACAGGGCGAAACCAUUGAUGCCGUGCGACUCAGACGUGCACUCGCCAACUACUAACACUGCGAUUGAAAUGUAUUAACAUCGAGAUAGGUUUUGAAACAUUGCAUUUCAACUAGUUUGAGUUUUCUUACAGGGAGAAGUAUAUGUGCUUGGUAUUCUGUUCCCCUGUAGCUACAGGAAGUAGUUGGGUCCAACACUAUUGAAGGCAAAACUGAGAAGCGGUUUGUUUUCGCUCGAAUAGAACGCAACGCAACGCUGCUGCUGCCGCCGCCGCCGCUGCCGCUAGCUUGCACUGCGGCACCAAUUUUCCGUGAGGUUGUGGCCGUGAAAUCUCUUUUGGCUUGCAUCCCUUCCUUCCUCCCUCCCUCCUUCCCUCCCUCCUUUCCCUUUCAACUGUGUGGUUGCUCGCCAUGGCUCUGUGCGGUGGUGUGGGAGCCAUGGCUUUACCGAGUGAGCUCAUCGUCCACAUCUUCUCCUUUCUAUCCGACCGAGACAAGCUGCGGGCCUCCGCCGUUUGCUCGCGAUGGAGGGAGUGCCUGUUCUAUCCCGCCCUGUGGAGCGAACUCAAACUACGGAUAUGUGGUGGCAACGGUGCAAGCUCUGAGGAGUAUUCGAGAUUAGAGUUCCUCAUGCGGAGGUUCGGCGCGUUCGUGCGAGAGCUGCAGCUGGAACUGGCUCCCGGGGAAGUCGGCUCCAGAGCCCUAAACAACGAGCCGCCCUCCACUCGAGUGGACCUUCCUCCCGCCGGUCCUGACAACGAGCCGCAGCCGUCCGAGCGAUGGGGGGACGCAAUGGCCACCUACGUGGACCAGGCGUUGUGUGUGCUAAGCAACAUCCGCAACAACAGGAACCUGCAGAAGUUGCGUCUAUACGGCGACACGUGUGCUCUCCAACAAGAGGGACUCUUGAACAACUCCAACUUCCACCAGAUUCACCACAAGAAAAUGAACGAGAUCCAGCGCUUGUUCAGGGAGUUGUUGUCUCACAGCAGGCAGCUUCGGUGGUUGUCGUGUAGCUUUAUGCUGGGUGUGGUGACUCCUUCCUCCUUAGCAUGCCUAUCCAACCCUUCCUCUGAGACCUUGCAGCACCUCAGUUUACUGGACCACCAGCUGGGUGCGCUCAUCUCACCGCCAGAGUUGGAGCGUCUUUCUUCCCUUCAUUCAUUGGCUCUCGAUUUCUCCCAUCUGACGUCUGAGCUUUGUAGCCUGUUGGCAUCGCCCCAGCGCACUCCGCUGCAUCGUCUCUCCCUGCUGCUCAAUGGCACCACGCUGGAGGUCAAGUCUUUGGACGGGACAGCCACAGAUGAUGAUUGGAAGGCGCUGGUACGAGUGAGCGCCAACCUGCGAGUGUACAUGAUGGCUGUGGAGGUCAGCAGCUCAGAGCUCCUCCGAGUGCUCAAGCCCAGCCUUCCGCUGGAGCGCAUUCACCUGGACAGCUACAGCACAGUGGUGACGGACGCCACCCUGGAGCUCAUCGCUCAGCAGUACAACAAAACGCUGACGCACUUCCUUUUACUGAGGGAUGACCCCGAGUUCCCGGACCUCAGCGUCAAUCGCAAUGAAGAUCCAUUGGUCCUCUUGGCUUGGAGGUGCACUCAGCUGGCUGUGCUCGUAAUUCACGGCUACACCGUCUGGUCUCAUAACUUGGUGGCAAUCUCUCGGCUGCGAGGAUCCAGUCUUCGCGUCCUGACCGUGUCUGAAGAGAGCAUCGACUUUGACCCGGACCAGCUGGUGUAUCUGGAAGGCGAUCCGGUUCAUAACCUGGUCAAAGAGGUCUCGCUCGGCCUCGGCCGAGUGUGGCACCCGUGUUUGGAUUACAGCCUGGUUUUGACUGAGCCCAGCCAGCAUUUCCAUCGUGAACUGCAUGCCUUCAGCAUGGGCAUGUAGGCCAGUUGUUGGGAUGGGCCCACGCCAGGCCAGGCCAGAUUAAGCAAGUCCACGUCAGCUCACAACGCACUCCACCAAUCUCAUCUUGAUCUCAAGCAAGGCAGAUUGUGUCCUUGGCAGGAGUUUGGGCAUAUCACAAAGGCUAGGCAAAUGCUGUCAUUUCUGGUUUUGGGUGUUCAAAACUGAAAUUGAGAAAUUCCAAAAAGCAACCUUUUAGUCGCCUGCCUCAUUGACAGUUAGACAGUCCGGUCAAUUCAAGUUGUAGGCUUAAUCCUGUCUUUCAGGGCCCAUAACUGGCGGCUCAUGUAAUAAAGCCCACAGCCACUGUAUGAUAUUAUGUUUUACCAGGACAGGGAGGAUGCUUGAUUAAUAGAUGGUAGAAAUACUUGGCGUGAAUGUGUGCUCGGGCUACUACCCAAGCUAUUAGCUUUAGUUUUCAACUUUUUUUUCUUUUUUAUCUUGUUGUUUUCUCUGUUUUACAGAAGUUGUUCAUGUACCCGUCACUUCCUGGGUAAGACGCGUUCACGGAGUGCAAAAAGCGACUGGGGCUGGUGCUGCUCACUGAAUAGUUCUCAGCAAGAGUCAUGUCGGUGUCACGGUGUUGACGCAUUUGCAUUCAGCACAAUUUCUACCCUUUUUAUCCAGUGAGAUUAUUUCAAAAUAUCAUGAUGAUGGAAAUGAAGUUUCACAUUUGCUUCGUGAACCAUUUUUUCUCUUGUCAGACUCCUCUAGAUGGCACUGUCAGUUUAGUCUCGAUCAGUCCAAAAUGGCAACAAAUGAUUCAUGAAGCAUAUUUGAAGCUAAAUUAGGAAGCCUUGUCUUCCGGUAGGUGCUCAUGACAAAAUGAUAACCUUCAGAAACUGACAAGAGAGCCUACUCAUUGUUUUCCUAGUUUAUUAUUUUAUCCCCCCCGCCCCACCCCUCCUUUUGUCGUUGAGAUCCAGACCAUUAUCCCCAAUUCCCCUUUGUACACGCUACUAUGGAAGCGAUGGAAAUGACCUGUGAAUGAAUGAAUGAAUGAAUGAAUGGCAAAGUGCAAAGGCUUGCGUGACAAUGAACUGCUGUGUGCAAUUUCCAUUUGAAAUUCUUUAUACCGGUCGGUGAUUGAUAAAUCUGUCGGAAGCUUACAAAGAUGUCCCAGCUUUUGCGUUGAAGUGCCG